GGUCUGGUAAGUAGUUGUUCUCCAAAGUGGCGGUGAGAACAAACGGUAUGGUUGCAGAGAUUCCUUAAUAUUUCUUCUCGAAAUACCCCUAAUUUUGUGCCAUUUACAAAUUUUGUCACUUUUGAUAUGUGAUGAAGUGAUCAGAAGAUUUCAAAGAUGAGCUCAUCUGCAUCAAAGGUUGCAGAGAUUUUUACGGCUGCUGGGGAAGCUUUCUCACAUUUGGGUGAGUUAACAAUGCAGCUGCAUCCACUGAAUAAUGAUACUGCCACGUCACCCUUGACAACAACUACAAGCAACAGUGGCAAGUGGGGAGAUGAAGAAAUUGAAAUGUUAAGAAGUGCAGUCAAGAGGUUUGGAGAUGACUUGAAGAAGAUCAGUGGGCAAGUGAAAAGCAAGUCUGUGGCACAAAUAAAAUCUGCAUUGAAGAGAAGGAUUCAUGAACAAGAAAAUUCCCCACUGAAUACACAGAAAGCAAAGAGUAAAAUUUCUCAACAAGCAUCUUUGAGCAGUGAAUCCCAAAGCAAGAAGCGGAAAACAGAGCAAGCGUCAGUAAGCUCACAUGCUGAUCCAUUGUCAACGUUAUCAUCAGCUAUACCUAGCACCAUUGUUCCUGCGGUAGAUCUGCUGCCUGGAGGUUCUCCAUUAAAACCCAAUGGUGCCUCUGAUAAUGAUGUGGAUAUUGUUGGAAUAUUUAGUAGUGGUGAUCAGGAUGCUGUCUUUCCUGAAAUGCCAGGAGCUUUAGGACCACUUGAAACCCAGAUUGCAGAUGAAAUUUUGUCUACAAUGUGAAUUGCUGGCACAUGUGUUUGUUUGCGUUUCUUCUUAGAAGAGAAAGGGAAGAGAAAGAAAGAAGGAAGAUAAAGGGAAAUGUUCAGUGAUACAUUUUUCUCCUUGGGAUACAAAAUGUGUACAGGAUAGAGCUAAAACAAGACAGUAUUCUUGUGAGACAACACACAUGGGGAGAGAUCUUGCUCUUUCACUUUCUAUCAGAUAGGAACUGUUAGGAAAAGUUUUUAUCAUGAACUUGGUGUGGUUGAUUUAACAUUGCUGAUUGAUGUAAUUUUAGGCACAUGUUGUAAUGGAUAUAAUUGAACCUAAUGACCAUACCUGUGUGACACCUGGAUAACUAUUUGUUAAGCUCUGGUUUUUUGAAGGAUGGAUAAUACAACCUUGUGAAAUCAUUCCCAUCCUGUUUAUAGAUAGUGUACAGUAGUAUAUAUACCGGUAACUUUGAAAUGAAGGCAAUGGCCAUUGAAAUUGAUGUGGCUACAAAACCUAGUUUUGGUGAAAAUGAGAAUGGGUGAAGGGAAUGCUAGAUCUUUACUUAUUGGGGGAAAAGAAAAAGGCAACUUAUGAUUUCCUAGCAGAGCUCUUCAGUAAGUUUCUUCAGGCUUGGCAUGGUCUGCAGCAGUAUGUGGUAGUAUGCAGUAGCACAGUAGUAUGUUUUGUUCUGUCUUUUUUGCUGAAUAGAGGUUAAUUAGUUGGACAUCUGUUGAAAAACUGAAGGUGGUUGGAUAACUAUCAACUGAUCAGUGCUAACAAAACAAACAGGGCAGGUAACCUCCCUCCCUCCCUCCCAAAUUUAUGGGGGUAUACAAGUAAGAGUAUGUCAAAAGACAAAGAGUGCAAAUUAACUUGAACUUUUAUUACUUCAUAAUUUAUUUCCUAAACUACUUGUAUCUGUUAAUUUAAAAAUAAUUCUCUUUUGUUUGUUAUGAGUUGA